AUGUCCGGCCUAUCCAACGUUAAAGUUACUGCUAUAGUGUCGGAUAAAUUCGAUUCCACCGCUGUGAUUUCGGAGGCGUUACCGUCGGUGACGGUGUUGAACGGUGGGACGGUCAAUGGCGAUUCACGUGACGGUGGUGGAGAGUUCAGAAAUGGGGUUUUAGGUGAAUGUAGAGAGAAGAAGAGAGAGAUAGUGUUGGGAAAGAACGUGCACGCCAGGUGCCUUGAGGUCACGGAACCGGACGCCGAUGAUGAGUGGACCGGUGAUAAGGAGGCUUAUAUGGCCAGCGUGUUGGCUAGGUACCGGAAGACUCUCGUUGAGAGGACCAACCAUCAUCUAGGUUAUCCUUAUAAUCUGGACUUCGAUUAUGGUGAUCUAGCACAGUUGCAGCACUUUUCCAUCAACAACCUGGGUGAUCCUUUCAUCCAGAGCAACUAUGGUGUCCAUUCCAGGCAAUUUGAAGUUGGUGUUCUGGAUUGGUUUGCCCGUUUAUGGGAAAUCGAGAAGAAUGAAUACUGGGGAUAUAUUACAAAUUGUGGUACGGAAGGCAAUCUUCAUGGAAUUCUGGUUGGGAGAGAAGUGUUUCCGGAUGGAAUUUUGUAUGCAUCACGAGAAUCGCAUUAUUCUGUCUAUAAAGCAGCAAGAAUGUACAGAAUGGAAUGUGUCAAGGUUGGCACGCUAGUCACUGGAGAAAUAGAUUGUGCAGAUUUCAAAUCCAAGCUACUUCCUAACAAGGACAAACCGGCUAUCAUCAAUGUCAACAUAGGUACUACUGUAAAAGGGGCUGUUGAUGAUCUUGAUCUUGUUAUACAGACCCUUGAAGAAUGUGGAUUCUCACCUGAUCGCUUUUACAUCCACUGUGAUGGAGCUUUAUUUGGGCUGAUGAUGCCAUUUGUAAAACGUGCACCCAAGGUUACGUUUAAAAAGCCCAUUGGAAGCGUGAGUGUUUCUGGUCACAAGUUAGUGGGAUGUCCAAUGCCUUGCGGUGUUCAGAUAACAAGGCUCGAGCACAUUAAUGCACUCUCUAGGAAUGUUGAAUAUCUUGCUUCAAGGGAUGCCACAAUCAUGGGAAGUCGGAAUGGGCAUGCUCCAAUUUUCCUGUGGUACACCCUAAACAGAAAAGGUUUCAAGGGGUUCCAAAAAGAAGUCCAAAAGUGCCUCAGAAAUGCUCAUUACUUGAAAGAUCGCCUUCGAGAGGCAGGAAUUAGUGCCAUGCUCAAUGAGCUGAGCAGCACAGUGGUGUUUGAGCGACCUUGGAAUGAAGAUUUUGUUCGCCAUUGGCAACUUGCUUGUGAGGGAAAUAUGGCUCAUGUUGUUGUGAUGCCCAAUGUCACUAUUGAGAAGCUGGAUUAUUUCUUGAAUGAAUUAGUUAAAAUGCGUUUGGUCUUGUAUCAGGAUGAGAAAGUGCAACCUCCUUGUCUUGCAGCAGAUAUAGGAAAUGAGAAUUGUGCUUGCCUUCUACACAAGCAAUCUAUCAGUGUAAAUUGACUAACUGAUAACCUUCGGGUUCUGCUGUUGUUUGUUGUGAAAGAUUAGAAUUUAAUUCAGAUGAGAUCUCUCUUAGUGAUUGCACUUUUUUAAUAAUGAUGAUUCUAGUUUUACUUUGAGAUUUUACUCCACCCAU